UGUUGGAACCCGUUCUCCGGAGAGAUGGCUAAGACGGUUCGAGCAUGGAAUGUGCAUUGAGAGUUCCUGGAGGUGAUUGUGUCAAAAAUGGGGGCACGCGUUGCACGGUUGUUUAGGGAUUUUAAUUUAGAAAACCGAGUACAUCGUGAGAUUGGGAAGGCAAAACCCGAAGUGGCACCCCGACAUCUGACCCAUAUGGAUCCUGUUCAGAGUACAGAGGUUACUGAGAUCAAUGAUGCCAUCCACAAGAGAAACGACCCCCUCCUGGGGUUGCUGAAGUCGGUGUAUGUGGAAUCAAAGGAUCCUACCGAGGCUCCAAAGGAGGUGACUGAGGAGAACGUGGAGGAGCGCAGGCCACUGAAGUUCAACCUACCGGGGGACCCCUAUGGGAUGGUGGAGCUCACUGAUGUCCCCAAAGGCAAACUGUCUAUUGCUGAGGCCCUAAAAGCUCUUAACAAUCACAAGAAUGCUCCCCGAACAUGGACAUUGGACAAGGUUGCCCAGGAGUACUCUCUUGACUUGAAAGACACUAAAGCACUUCUAGAGCAUUUCAUCCCCUUCGAGGUUAAGAUCAUACCUCCCAAGACAAAGGACGAUUCAAAGCAGAUCAAAGAUACCUAGGACAGAUAUGCAGUAUACCUGGCCUUUCAAGACAUCUAUCAGCCGAGUGAAUGAUUUAUUUAUGUAAAUGUACUAUCGGGUUGUCUGUCUUGCUUCAAGGUUCAGGAUAGGAAUAGAGUAAGUGUGGGAUUAUUUGUUUUUCUGUUACGAAACGAGGGAGACGCAUGAUUUAAACCCAGUACACUACUGUUCAGAGCCAGACAUGUUACCGCCACUCCCAAGAAAGCUGGCUUCAUUGUGGGAAUGGUGAUCAAAUCAAAUCAAAUCAAAUUUUAUUUGUCACAUACACAUGGUUAGCAGAUGUUAAUGCAAGUGUAGCGAAAUGCUUGUGCUUCUAGUUCCGACAAUGCAGUGAUAACCAACAAGUAAUCUAACUAACAAUUCUAAAACUACUGUCUUAUACACAGUGUAAGGGGAUAAAGAAUAUGUACAUAAGGAUAUAUGAGUGAGUGAUGGUACAGAGCAGCAUACAGUAGAUGGUAUCGAGUACAGUAUAUACAUAUGAGAUGAGUAUGUAGACAAAGUAAACAAAGUGGCAUAGUUAAAGUGGCUAGUGAUACAUGUAUUACAUAAGGAUGCAGUUGAUGAUGUAGAGUACAGUAUAUACGUAUGCAUAUGAGAUGAAUAAUGUAGGGUAAGUAACAUUAUAUAAGGUAGCAUUGUUUAAAGUGGCUAGUGAUAUAUUUACAUCAUUUCCCAUUAUUAAAGUGGCUGGAGUUGGGUCAGUGUCAAUGACAGUGUGUUGGCAGCAGCCACUCAAUGGUGGCUGUUUAACAGUCUGAUAGCCUUGAGAUAGAAGCUGUUUUUCAGUCUCUCAGUCCCAGCUUUGAUGCACCUGUACUGACCUCGCCUUCUGGAUGAUAGCGGGGUGAACAGGCAGUGGUUCGGGUGGUUGAUGUCCUUGAUG